AUUAAGUGUAUUUAUGGAAAAAGAAAAAUUGGACGUAAUAGUAGAAUACUGUAAUGCCGCAAUGGAUUCCUCAGCGGAAAACAGUAUGUACGUAAACAAAUUGUGGGUUCAGUGUGAGUAUGAAAGCUGUUUGAAGUGGAGAUUGUUGUCAAGUGAGGAUGCAGCCAGAGUUGAUCACAAUAAACCAUGGUACUGCUUCAUGAACGCUGAUGCAAGAUACAAUAAGUGCUCUGUUGCUGAAGAAGACUUUCCUGAAGAGUCUCAGCUUCAUCAAAGUGGAUUUAAGAUUGUCUAUUCACAACUCCCUCUUGGAAGUCUGGUUUUGGUAAAAUUACAGAGUUGGCCAAGCUGGCCAGGGAUACUUUGCCCAGAUCCUUUUAAAGGGAAAUAUGUGACCUAUGACCUGGAUGGAAAUGUUGAACAGUAUCACAUAGAAUUCCUGGGUGAUCCCCAUUCAAGAUCAUGGAUAAAUGCAACUUUUGUUGGACAUUAUAGUAUCACAUUAAAGCUAGGAACAUGUACGAAGAAAAAGAAAUGGUAUAAAAGUGCACUACAAGAAGCAUACCUUCUCUAUGGACAUUCUCACGAGCGAAGACUGGAAGUGUGCCGCCUAUCCAAACAGGAUAAAUCCAAAGCAGAUGGCAAAGUUGCUGUGGUAGCCAAGAAAAGGAUGCAAGUUUCCAGAAACACUACUAAACCAAAAUUUAGAAGAAGGAUAAGGAAACCUAUUUUAAAAUACUCUUUCGAAAAUGUUUGUUCAGAUGACGCCAUGUCAAAGGAAAAUGUGGUUGUCUCUGAGACAGAAGUUUUACUAAAAGAGCUGGAGCAAAUGCUACAGCAGGCACUAGAGCCCACAGGAGCACCCGAUGAGUCUGAAGAGGAACGUGGAGAAGAAGUGAAUACAGGAGAAAAGUUAUCUGAAUGCAGCCCUGAAGUUCCUGCAGGCGGUCCAUUUGAAAACCACUAUGAAGAAGACUGUCUUGUAAUUGAUGGGAUAAAAUUAAAAGCUGGAGAAUGUAUUGACAAUAUAACUAACAAGUUUAAAGAAAUAGAUGCUCUAAUGUCUGAAUUUUAAGGGUUCGCCUGUGUAACCAUCAAAAUAUCUCAAACAUGACAGACUCUGACCUCCAAGGCUGGGUCAUAAAAGACAUUGUGGCUUCCACUUUAUUCUCUUUUUGGAUCACUCAUCCAGAAGUAGUCAACCGCACGUCAUGAGGACACUCAAGCAGCCUUAAAAGAGGUCCACGUGGUGGAACUGAAGCCUUCUGCCAACAUCAGCACUAACUUGACAGCCACCUGACUAAGCUCUUCUGGAAGUGAUGCUCCGGCACCAGUCAAGCCUUCAGAUGACUACAGCCCAGGCCAGUAUCUUGACUGCAACUCCAUGAGACACUCUGAGCCAAAAACACCCAGCUAAGCACUCCUCAAUUCCUGAUGCACAGAAACUGUGUGUGAUAAUAAAUGUUCAUUGUUUGAAGUUA